UCGACCAUACAACAAUCGAACUGCAUUACUAAUACCCUAAAUAAUUUCAUACGCUUAAACAAUAGCUUUAUUAAACCGUCAGACAAUGGCAUACACUGAUCCUGCACAAAGGAACCAUGUGAUCGUGCUCCAGGACGGCUACUCCCGCCAGGAAGACGGAGAUGAGUCCGCCAUGCGGGCUAACUGCACCUGCACACUGGUCCGCUGCCGGGAUGGCACAAACAUAAUCGUGGACACCAUGACAGCCUGGGAUGGAGAGCACCUGCGUUCGUUGCUGCAGCACCAAGGUCUGGGCGUCGAUGACAUCCACGUGGUGGUCUGCUCCCACGGACACUCUGACCAUAUCGGUUGCAACUACCUGUUUCAGAAGGCACGCAUGCAUUUGGUAGGCGCAUGUGCCUCGCAUCACGACCUCUACAUGGACCACCUUGGCAGUGGAAAUCCGGACGAGCAACUGGCCCUGGACUCGAAUGCCGAGGUGGUAGUGAGACGCUCGCCGGGACACACCCUCAGCUGCGUUUCCGUGAUUGUGGACAACUCCCAGCUCGGGGGACGCGUCGGUAUCACCGGAGAUCUCUUCGAGAGACGCGAGGACAUCGAGGACGAGACCAUUUGGAUGGACGCUGGAAGCGAAAACGAGAAGGUGCAGCGCAAGGAACGCAGUAAAAUUUCACAUCUUUGCGAAUUUAUUGUCCCAGGACAUGGUCCAAUGUUUCCUGUCACCCCAGCAAUGCGCUGUAAGCUAAAAGAAGACGCUGCUUCUAGCACUUAAUUUAAUAAACAUAAAAUACAUAUAUGGAUGCAUAUAUGUAUAUUAUUUUUCUUCCCCCGUUUUCUCCACUUUGCAUUCAGUAACAGAUAAACAAUGCAAAGACAUUUUU